AUGCCGUGGGGAUCCCCGGUGCCGGUGGCAGCUCCCUCAUUCCCGUCCCGUUGCUUCCCAGUCCGGCAGUUCCUGGAGAGCGGGAUCAGCCCUGACCUGUGCAACGAGGACGGACUGACGGCCCUGCACCAGUGCUGCAUCGACGACUCCGUCCCCGUGGUGUCCGUGCUCCUGGACUCCGGCGCCGACGUGAAUUCCCGGGACACGGAGCUGUGGACGCCCCUCCACGCCGCCGCCACCUGCGGCCACCUCCGCCUGGUCCAGCUGCUCGUCCGACGCGGCGCCGACCUGCUGGCCGUGAAUUCCGACGGGAACAUGCCCUACGACCUCUGCGAGGACGAGGCCACCCUGGAUUUUCUGGAGAGCGCCAUGGCCGAGCAGGGGAUCACCCAGGAGCGCAUCGAGGAUGCUCGGGCGGCCACGGAGCGCUCCAUGAUCCGGGAAAUCCGGGAGCUGGCGCGGGCGGGCGCCGACCUGGACGCGCCGCGGGGCCACGGGGCCACCUUGCUCCACGUGGCGGCGGCCAACGGGUACCUGGAGGCGGCGGAGCUGCUCCUGGAGCACCGCGCCCGCACCGACACCCGGGAUGAGGACGGGUGGCAACCCCUGCACGCCGCGGCCUGCUGGGGACAGGUGCAGCUGGUGGAGCUGCUGGUGGCUCACGGCGCCGACCUGGGCGCCAAAUCCCUGCUGGACGAGACGCCCCUGGACGUGUGUGGGGACGAGGAGGUGAGGGCCAAGCUGCUGGAGCUGAAGCACAAGCACGCGGCCGUCAUGAAAUCCCAGGAGAAGCACAAAUCCCUCCUCCAGCGCCGCACGUCCAGCGCCGGCAGCCGAGGGUGGGUGAGAACAGAGGGGCACAGAGACAAAUCCUUCCCAGCCCAGAUCCAGCCAGGGGUCCCGAAUCCCAGUGUCCCAGCUCUGCAUCCUUCCCAUCCU